GUGCUUUUCUGUCAGUGAGCCACACGUGAGAAGACCAUCGUGUGAGUGCGUGUCGUGGGGAGACGGGUGGCGGACGGGCAAGUGGGUGAAGAAUCCACGCGCGCGUCACCACAAGAACGACAGAUUUAGCCAGCGGAGACCAACUAACUGCACGAUGGCAUUUGCGCGUAGUAGCCUCUAUGUCUGUCUGUCUGUCUGUGCCUGUGUGGUUUGAGGUGAGUGGGUCCGUGCGGGUCGGGUGCAUGGCGAAUUAAUUAAGGGCACAGCGGGCAGAGGGGUGGUGCGGUCCGGUGGGGGAGAGGGGGCGGGGCGAACAGGGGAAUUUUAGAUGUCGCAACGCAACGCAACGGAUCUGUGUGUGUGUGUGUGUACUAUGCUAAGAGAGAGAACAGAGAGAAAGAGAAACACGUCAAGUGAGGAGGGGCCAAUAUAUGUAACAACAACUAUCUAUGUGUGUCACAUGUGUGUUGUGGUGCAGUGCAACACCACAGAUGGGAUGGAGGCCCGGCCAAAAAGUAUAUAUAUUAUAUGUGCAAGACGGAAAGCGUCUCUUCUACUUGCAGAGAGAGACAAUAAAUGGGUCGGUCGGCCGGUGGGGGGCGGUUGGAUGGAUGGAUGAAGGACAGACACCUAAGCAAUUAUGUGAUGUGAUGUGACUCGGUGGUUCUAACAUGACAUGCAGCCAAUGAGCGAGCACUCUUUUCUUUUGCCCGCCCCACACAUGAGCUGACUCAUAUAUAAUGGAACCUGUGGAAAUGGAAUUGAUGGAAGCAAAAGUCUCGACAUCAAGCGGAAGUCAGCUCGGCUUCGUCAUCUCAGCUGGUAGCUAAAAAGUUCCCUGACGCACCGGCACACUCACAGACCGGCACACCCACGCGGCCGCACACGCACGGACCUACCUACCUACCUACUGUACUCACUGUACAUCCCUCCAUCCAUCCAUCCCUCCAUCCAUCCAAAGAGACCAGACCAGAUCAGAUCAGAUCACAUCGCACACACCAGACAGAAAAGCAGGCGACGCGACGCGCGACACGCGACGGCAGCCUCGUCUCGUCUCACCUCAUCUCAUCUCAUCUCACCUCAUUCGUGCCCAAAAAAACCACGCCAUACGUUUGUUUAUCGAUCCAUCCAUCCAUCCAUUCCAUGCAUGCCGGCAAAAAAGAGGGAGGGUCAAAAGCCAGCUAGCUGCCUUCCUUACACUAGCUAGAGAGCCAAGCAAGCAGAAGCUCCUCUGUGUAUGUGGUGAGUGAGUGUCAUUGGGGUGCUUGUGGUGGUGGUGCGGUGGGCAUGGGUACGACCUGCUGGGGGUAGGCCUGCCCGUACUCGGGGUUGAUGGCUGCUGGCGGCUGGAACGACGGCUGAUGUCGAUGACACACACACACACACACACAGUCGGUGGUAUGUGUGUGCUGGCUGGGGCGUGCGUGUGUGCCUGCUCAAAGCACUCACCCCAUAGAGCAGCGGCCGCCGCCUCUCUGCUGCAAUCCUCAUCAGAGACCUGAUACACACCACCAACACACACACACACACUCACUCUCACUCUCUCCCUGUGUGUGUGUGUGUGUGGAUGUGUGUGUGGUUGUCCCCCCACGCACCAGACAAGGUAAGUAAAGUAGAAGGAGAGCAGAAUCCACAGAGUGUCCAUCGCGUAGCUCUUCCUGUGGAUGCGCUCGUGCUCCUCUCGCAGCCCUGCUUGCAGACACUGCACACCACAGCACAGCACACGGAGGGAGGAGGGCAAAGGCAUCGAUCGCAUCAGUCAGUGUGCUGAUUCUUGGUUGCAAUCGUUGGGUUUGCGGGUGAGGUGAGUGAUUUGAGUGGCUGGCUGGCUGACCACUUUGACGACCGACACCACGACAGAGAGGAUGCAGUAGAGGUAAAAAGAUAACAGCUGCUUCUCCUGUCAGAGUUGACACAGACAGACACACACAGACACACCCCGACGGCAUCUGUUGCGUGCCCAUCCGUCCAUCCAUCCGUCCAUCCAUCUCACAAUGAGGAAGGUGGCCCCGCUGUAGCCAGCACUACCGGCAAGGAACCCAAGAAUGCCUACACAACACACCACACCAUACGCACACACCGCAACACACACAGAUCCAACCGUGUGUUUGUCAUCCUCUCUCCCAUCCACUCCACUCCCUCCCUCCCUCACCCAUGACAGAGCUGAGGACCUCGACAACGGUGUUGUACCCGGUGAGGAAGCGGAAGAUGGCGAUGAACAGGCCGGCUAUCGUCAGCGCGCCAUACACCAUCACCACAAAGGCCACGAUCUUCACAGCUGCGGGGCACGGUGGGUGAAGAAGGAACACAGACAGACAGACAGACAGAGAGCUGCAUGAUACGAUUGAUGCAUGUGUUGUGCGCUCUAUGGUCUCCAGAUGAGAUAGAUCUGUGUGUGUGUGCGCAUGGACGUACUGCACAUACCUGACUGAAGCGCACAGCAUCCGCAGCAUGUUUCCGCCGGCUUGACGUUGAAGCAGUACAAGAAAUGGCGAUGCAGAUCUCGCUGAGUGCCUGCUAUGCUCUCCAUUGGAGGGACGCUCUUGGCGUCUGUUCGCCAAG